AUGCACGCGGGGGCCUUGGGGCUCUCGGCCCUGCUGCAGGCGGCCGAGGAGAGCGCGCGCCUCUGCUCCGUGGUUUACUACUUCAUCACGGGACAGCCCCUCUGGGGGUGGCUGGCCCUUUCUGUGCUGCUGCCUGGCUUCUUGGUCCAGGGCCUGAGCUAUCUGUGGUUCCGAGCAGAUGGACAUCAAGGUCAUUGCUUGUUGGUCAUGCUACACCUCCUUCAGCUCGGCGUGUGGAAGCGGCACUGGGACGCCGUGUCCACUGCUCUACAGAAGGAGCGGGAAGCCUCCAGCCGAGGCCAGCUGCUGCUGCAGGAGGCCGACCUGUCCGCCCUCCGCCUCCUGGAAGCCCUCCUGCAGACCGGGCCCCACCUGCUCCUCCAGACGCAUGUUUUCCUCGCCUCGGACUUCACAGAUGUUGUGCCAGGCGUGAGCGCCCUGUGCUCCUGGUCCGCGCUGUCCUGGGCCCUGGUGUGCUAUGCCUGCUUCAUGGGCUUCGUGAAGCCGGGCCACGUCUUCACACCGUGGGCCGCCCUGCUCUGCCAGCAGCUCUGGAGGAUGGGCAUGGUGGGAGCCCGCGUCCUGAGUCUGGUUCUCUUCUUCGGAGCGUACCGCGUCUGGGUUUUAGUGUUUGGAGGUGCCCACUGGCUGGUGAUGACCUUCUGGCUUGUGGCACAGCAGAGUGACAUCAUCGACAGCACCUGCCAUUGGAGACUGUUCAACCUGCUCGUGGGGGCCGCGUACAUCCUCUGCUACCUCAACUUCUGGGACAGCCCUUCCAGAAACCGGAUGGCCAUGUUCUAUACGAUUAUGCUGCUGGAGAACAUCGUCCUUUUGCUGUUGGCCACUGACUUUCUCCAGGGGGCCUCCCGGACCAGCCUGUGGACCAUAGCUGGCGUCUUGUCUGGAUUUCUGAUUGGCAGUGUCUCGCUGGUAACUUAUUACAGCCUGCUACACCCUAAGUCCACAGACAUCUGGCAGGGCUUUGUGACAGAGGUCCGUGGCACUGCAGUGGUUGAUAGAGCAGAGAGAGAAUCUUCUCCCCGGGCCUCGGCCGCAGCUGGAGAGAGGCCAGGGAACCCAGGGGACAGUUGUGAGUUAACACAUCUGGGUAGGGCCCCUAGCCCACAGUGGGGACCCCCAGAGGCUGGGCUGGAAAGCCAGAUCGUUCAGGAAGAUUCCUUCCUCGGUCACCAUCACUGGCUGUUGGUGAAACUUGCCCUCAAAACAGGAAGUGUGUCUAAGAUCAACGCAGCCUUCAGAAAAGACGGUCCUGGCUUCUUCGGUCCCCCUGAGUGGGGGCUGAGCCAACACCACAACCAUCAGAUGACGCCCAGGUUUUCCCAGAAGGAGCUCGCAUCGUCACCCCACGACCCCCUCUCCUCAGACAAGGGCUGUGAGCCUCAAGUUGUCUGGAAAGCAGAGGCCAACCUGCUGGACACCUCAAGCUACGUCUCUUUGGUCAGCGACAAUCCAGACGAAGCUCCUGGCCGGCGGUGGUCAGCUGCACCCAGGGAGGGCAGCCCCAGGGGAGGAGCCGAGGCAGUUUCUCCGCUGCAGGGCAGGGGUGCAGGUGACCAGAGAGGAGGGGCAGGACAGGAGAGCGCCACCCUGUACUUUAGUGCCACGGCCGAGGGGGCCACAUCCCCACAGCGGGAAGCCGGGCAGGCGACUUUGCAGACACCCCUGUCUGGGAGGAGUUCGGAGCCCUCCCCUCGGCCGGCCACUCGGCCCUUCCCUGCCACCAUGGCCAGCAUUAGCCCGAUCCUGGGCCCGGGCCGCACCGGCAGCUUCCGCCCCAGCACAGGCUUGCCCGGCAGAGCCCUGGGCGGCUCAGAGCAUGGGGGACAGCAGGAGCCCAUGGGGGACCCGAAUCUUCCCACCAUUGCGGGGACACGGAUGGCAUUACCAGAGGUGAGUCUGAGGCCCGCAGACGAGCCUUGCCUCACAUCCACCCCCAAGUGUGAGCCUGCCCACGGGGACUGCGGCGGGAGGGCCCGGCCGAGGACCAUGCCAAGUUUCUCCAUGUGACCGCAGUCCCGGCGGGCAGGGCGACAGGCGGCCGAGUCACGCUGGUCCCUGGGCUUUGAGAUUUGAGACCUGAGAAUCCCAGUUCUACCUCUGCUCUCCGUGUUUCCCCCAGACCUGUUUGCACAACUGAAGCAUGAACGAGCUGGACCAGAUUAUUGGCGAGCUCCCCCACAAACACCAUGUACACACAUGUGCACAGAACACACUUUCCUGUCACGCUGUGGGAGCGGGGCAAGGGCCUUCCCGUCAAAAUUGCCCGCUUCCUUUUACCAACGAUAUGAUCCCGAUUUUUAAAUUUAAUUUAACCUUAGUUUUGUUGCUGUGGCUUCCACGAAAGUCAAAGGUAAAGAAAGCCCAGGGUUCCGUUUCAUUGUGAGUUACAGUUUGCCUCUGCUGACACGAGGGGAUGAUCAGUCCCUUAAAAAUGUAUUCUCCCUUAUCACUUUACGGACCUCCAUGAUAAGAUAAUGCAAGCCCUUUCUGGAAGCAGAUGAGAAAGCUGUACUUCUCAUCAUCAACAUAGCGGAAGAAUGCAAAUGUCAUCCUGAGAUUCCUUUGGCAGAAAAAAAAAAUGCUACCUUUGUUGCUGACCCUGCAGACCCCCGCCCCGCACGCCGGCCAGCCAGCAGCCUGGACCUCACACUCCAUUUCCUCUACCCCCACACUUUGCUCCCUCCUCCGUUCCACGGGGGACACUACCUGUGGUCUGGACUCGCCGGGCGAGAAGUGCGGCCACUGUCCAUUUCCUUCUCUAUUUCUUUCUCUUCUUCCCCUAAACUGGGCUCUUUGUAGACAGACAUUCACGUCAUUUCUGCAAGCCUUCCUUCAGAGCUGGUGUAAAAAGUGCAGGCAUAGGGGCCCCUGAGGGACUCAGUCAGUUAAGCGUCCGACUCUUGCUUUCAGCUCAGGUCGUGAUCUCACGGUUUGUGGGACGGAGCCCCAAGUCGGGCUCUGCACUGACAGCACAGAGCCUGCUUGGGAUUCUCUCUGUCCCUCUCUCUCUGCCCCUCCCCGCUUUCUCUCUCUCUCUUUCAAAAUAAAAUAAACAUUAAAAAAACAAGUUUAA